AUGGGGGAGUGCACAAAAGCAAUUGAGAUUCAUGAACAAGCAUAUGACAUCUAUAAAACAUUUCUUCCUGAGUAUCAUCCCUCAUUGGCUAACUUUUAUAAUAACAUGGCUUCAGUAUACGACAAGUUAGGCGAGCACUCAAAAGCACUUUUGUCUUAUCAAAAAGCACUUGAAAUUAAACAAAAAUCUCUUCCUGAAAAUCAUUCUUCAUUAGCAACUGCCUACAACAACAUCGCUAAAAUGUAUUACAACACAGGACAAUACACUGAAGCACUUUCAUUUUUUCAAAUAGCACUUGAUAUCUACAAAAAGAUUCAUACUGAGAAUUAUCCUUCUUUGAUAAACUGCUACAACAAUAUCGGUGAAGUGUAUCGAAGUAUGGGACAGUACUCACAAGCACUUUCAUUUCAUAAAAAAACACUUGAAAAUCGAGAAAAAUUUCUUCCGCCCAAUCAUCCUGAUUUUGCUCAGUCAUAUAAUAACAUUGGUUUAGUGCGUCACAACAUGGGAGAAUACUCUGAAGCACUUUAUUUUCAGCAGAAAGCACUCAAAAUUCGAGAAAAGGCUCUUCCACCUAAUCAUUCUGAUGUGGCUCAGUCCUACAACAACAUCGGUUCGGCAUAUCACAGCAUGGGAAAUUACUCUGAAGCACUUAAGUUUCAUCAGAAAGCACUCGAAAUUCGAGAAAAGACUCUUACUCCAAAUCAUCCUGAUUUGGCUAAUUCUUAUAACAAUAUCGGUGGAGUAUUGGACGAUCAAGGGAAGUAUUCAGACGCACUUCCGUUUUACAACAAGGCGCUCGAAAUCCACAGAAAAACUCUUCCGUCAAAUCAUUGUUCUUUCGCUGAUUCCUACAACAACAUUGGUGAAGCCUAUCGAAGCAUUGAAAAGUACUCUGAAGCACUUGAGUUUCAUCAGAAAGCACUCGAAAUUCGAGAAAAAAAUCUUCGAGAAAAUCAUCCCGAUUUAGCUCAAUCCUACAACAACAUUGGUUUAGUGUAUCACAAGAUGAGACGAAACUCUGAAGCACUUCGUUUUCAUCAGAGAGCACUCGAAAUUCGAGAAAAGACUCUUACUCCAAAUCAUCCCGAUUUGGCUAAUUCUUAUAAUAACAUUGCCUCAGUAUUUGAUGAUCUGCGAGAGUACUCAAAAGCACUUUUACUUUAUAAAAAGGCGCUCGAAAUCUACGAAAAAACCCUUCCACCAAAUCAUUCUUCUUUCGCUGUCUCUUGGAACAAUAUUGCUUCAGUUUAUUAUAAUAUUGGAAACUAUUCAGACGCACUUUCAUCGUUUGAAUGUGCUCUAGGCAUAUGGCAACGUUCGUUACCUGCUGAACAUCCCUAUAUUCAAACUGCACGCAACAACAUAGAACUUGUUAAAAAGACUAUUAUAAUUGACUGA